AUGGCCAGCCCCACCAGAGAUCCACAGGAUGUGCCUCACCGGCCUGCAACCGCCGACUCCGCGUCCAACCCCAGCCCUGACUCGAAUUUGAAUUCGAGCGCGAACUCAACCUCUCCGCAAGAGCAGCAGCCUGCCGGUGGUUUUGAUAGCACUCCCGUCCCCCCCGCGCCUCCGGGCUACACCCUCAAAUUCACCUUUCACCGCGCGUCCAACCUCCCGAUUGCUGAUAUCCGGACCUUAUCAGCCGACCCUUUCGUCCUCGCCCAUCUUACUUCCGACCUUCCUCGUCGCAACAAGCAGGACCCCGAUCUCGUAUUCCGAACGCGCACGAUUCCAAAGAACGUCGAGCCUGUGUGGGAUUCCCACUGGAUUGUUGCCAAUGUCCCUAGCUCCGGUUUCGAGCUGAAAUGCCGCAUAUACGAUGAGGACCCCGUCAAUAGCGAUGACAAGCUCGGGAAUGUCAAGAUAUCCGUCCAGUCCCUCAGCGAAUCUUGGCCCGGGAUCAUUGAACAGCCCUACAAGGUGCAGAAGCGGACGGCCAGCAAGCGGGCCUACUUCGUACGGUCUUUGAGCGUGGUCUGCUUGAGGAACAAACACCUGCAUGCAACUCUGUACCUCAGCGUCCAAUGCCUAGGCAGGACUCCGGGCGACGAAGGUGGCAGAAUGUAUACUGUUGGGCCCAACUACUGGAGCAAGCAUUUUUCGCCCUUGAUUGGGAGGCUUGCUGGUACAAUGGAUUAUGACCCCUCUGAGAAUGGCGAGAAGCCGGUCAGCAGGUAUAAUUUCCAGGCUAUCCAGAUGCAGCUGAAAGGCCCGGUACCCGCGUCCCUGUACCAUCGAUACGUUGAAUUCAGACCCUUCGUCAAAGGCAUGUUCACCGCGCAAAGCCUUCGUGGCCGCAUUCUUAACCACGCGCUUCAUCAACAGCACGUCCGGAUCUACAAUUUCGAUAGGUCCACCGUCUACGGCGUAUUUCCUGCUCCAUCGCUCCAGUUCACGCAGCAGUUUCUCGAAUUCGUCCACUACGACAUAGGCGGGAGAGUGUUCACCUACGUGAUUACGCUGGACGGCCAGUGGCGCUUUACUGAAACGGGCAGGGAAUUCGGCAUCAACAUGCUCAGCAAACACACCAUGCACAGCGACGUUUCGAUCUACAUCGCCUAUUCUGGGGAAUUCUUUGUUCGACGGCGGCCGCAUCAUUCUCGGAAACGGCGCAGCAUAUCUCCUCGUCCGGAGUCGCAGGAUGGUGAUUGCAUGCACAGCGAGAUAUCGCCAGGCCAUAACCAUGCUCCCCUGCACACAUCGACCGACCCCGCUGCCUACGAGCUUGUGAUUGACAAUGAAAGUGGCACAUAUCGCCCCAAUCCCAAACUACUCCCCGAAUUGAGAGAGUUCCUAUCCAUGAACCUCCCUGGUUUACAGGUGACCACGUAUGACUGCCAGGGAGACUCGAAGGUGUUGGAAAAGCUCAAGGAGGAACAGCGAGAGCGUAAAAGAAGAAGCGGGCGGCAAAUGACCUAUCUCCAACGCUCGAGCUCGUUCUCGUCGAUUUCGUCUUCCGACGAAGAAGACCUGGAUGAAUAUUUUCGGCAGUCCUCCGGUGGUACUGCUGCUGCGCCGGCCACGGGUUUGGAGCGCUUGCGGCGGAUGGCAAAGCCCAAAGCACAAUUGAUGAACUGGGCAGAAACGGGACAGGAAAGAAAAACGGAAGCAGCAGCAGCAGGGCAUUAA